AAAAACACGGUACACUGCAAUCUCAUAUGCAACACUGUAACAUCAAACAAGCAACCCAGCUAACCUUGAUCUAAUUAGUAACAUUUCAGCUCUGGUCUCCUUCAAUUAAAUCCUACAGUACAUCGUUGCUGGUUCAUUUCCCAUCCUAUUAUUAUCUCUGAUAAGUAUCACUGCAGUAUCAGUUUGUAUCAGGCUUAAAAUAACUGAAGCAGUUUCACUGAUCCACUAAAUUCAUACCAAUGCCCAUCGAACUCUAUCACACUUAAGUAAUGCUCACCGUCGCUUCAUUCAAGACUGCGGACACGUACUACAAGGUGCACACUGAGUACAGUUAAUAUCCUGAUAUGUCUUCCCUACUAUCGAUCUCCGACAUGACGAAGUUGCAGACGGUCAAGUACGCCAAUUUGGGUAGUCUUGCAAUCCUUGUGUUUGAUUAUUGCAUCACCUUUUCCGAAGAGGUGCAAUGGACCUGGUUCAAACCAUGGGAUGUAACUCGUGUCAUAUUCAUCAUUUCCCGAUACUUACCUUUUGCGGGUGUUGGAAUGACCGCAUAUAACGCACUACGUGUCAGCAAUCAGUGUGCCUCUACUGUGGAAGAAAAUAUCGCUCACGUCAUAUGUAUCGUUGCUGCGGAAGCCUUGCUGGUUAUUCGGACCUGGGCAUUCUGGCAAAAGAGUAAAAUAUUACUGAUCGGGCUAUCUGUUUAUGGUGUGGUGCGUGUUUUGCAGAGGGGGAAUGAUAGCAUCGCCGCCUUUGCCGCAGACCUCAGUCCUACGAUGUUGAUUCCAGGAGAGGAGCCACCUCCAGGAACCUGUUACUUCGAGAGCACACGCAACGGUGCCAUCUCAUACUUGUUCUUGGCGAUGUACGAAAGCGUGAUGCUGAUCCUUAAUGUAUAUAAGAGGGUUCAUGAUUAUAAAAAUAUUCGGAGCAGAAUUGUGAUAACACUAUACCACGAUGGCAUCUUCUACAUGUUGUGCAUCCUCACCGUCACGCUCGUCAAUGUUAUCUUCGGGGGUGCACUUCCAAGCGCCUACAGCAAUAUGUUUGAC